UAAAACUUAUUUGCGUUGCUGUCAUGCGAUUAGAACUCUAAGCAGUAUUCGUUGAAUCAAAUUUACGCUUUAAAAUGAAUUUAAAAGAUAAAAAUGUUAUCUAUAUCGGCGGUUUCGGUGGUAUUGGGCAAAAAUGUUUGCAAACUUUCCUCAAAAGAGAAAUUAAGAAUUUAAUUGUGUGCGAUUUACAUGAUAACGAAGAAAUAUUGAGGUCGUUACGUGACUCGUACAGCUACAGUAAUAUAUUUUAUAUACCGAUAGACGUAACAAAAAACGAGAGUAUUGAAGAAGCUUACAAGUUAGCAGCGAAAAAAGUGAAUAAAUUCGAUGUGGUUGUCAAUGGUUGCGGUUUAAUGAAUGAUAGUUUUAUAGAUCUUACCAUUGACAUUAAUUUGAAGGGUGUCAUUCAUAGCACUUUAAAAGCGUUAGAAUAUAUGGAUGCGUCAAAAGGAGGUCGUGGUGGCGUUAUUGCUAACAUAUCGUCAGUAGUUGGAUUACAGCCAAACGGCAUGUUUGCUAUUUACUCAGCCGCUAAGUGCGGCCUCACUGCUUUUACAUGCAGCUUGGCGUAUCCCUUGUAUUAUAAAUAUACCGGAGUUAGAUUAAUUACAUUAUGCCCGGGAUUUACCGAAACAACCCUAUUGGAUUCUGUACGUGGUAAAGAAACGCUAACCGAAUACGCUGAACCGUUGGCAGCCGCUUUUGCUAAAGUUAAACGUCAAACACCCGACAUUUGUGCUGAGAUGAUUGUAAAGGCUGUGGAGAUAAGUAAAAAUGGUAAUGUUUGGAUGCUCGAUGACGGAGAAAUGACGGAAAUAGAAUUUCAAACAUUUUGGAAGCCAAAAAUGAAUACACAAUAAUAAGCAUAUCUGUCUAAUUUAAUUAUCUGAAUAUACAUAUAUAGUAUUCUUAAAGUAGAAAGAUCUUCAUUCAAAACCCUUUGAAAUGAAAAUAAAUGCAAUUUAAAAUUAAAAUGAAAAUAAAUAAGUAAGGAGGUUGAAUUCGGCCGGGGCCGAAUCUCACACACCCACCGCUAUGUUUUUCGUAUUCUACUCUCCAAGUUCUUUCAUUUGAUACCCAUAUCGCUGGUAUUAAUAGGAAAAAAAUAAUCGGUCCACUGCGCGCUUCCGCUUCCACCGAUUUUGCCCAUUUUCAAUACCAGAACUGUGUACAGAAACUUCCAAUGUUUCUACUGAUUUUGAAGUCGAUAUUUCCAUAGUUGCGA